GUGUAAGAAAAGAGGAAACCUCAGAAGAGAGGAGAAGUGUCAGCAGAGCAGUGGAUUUAUGCUGUCCAGUCUUGACAUCCCUCCCUCCUUUCCUCCUCCUCUCCUCCCCCCUUCAGCAAGCGGGCUUUUUGUGGCUGACCAUGCGAGGAUCCUCUCAGUGCUGCGGGAAUCUCCUCUCCUCCUCUGGAUAGUUCAGCAGCUCUCAUUCUGUGGCUCGCUGACCCAGAUGCAGCUUUGACAGUUAUCUUUUCCACAAGGGAACGUCUUGGACAAGGUGCAGCGCAACUUUUGGACUGUGCAGACAUCUCCUUUUUCCUUGUGUUUAAUAAUUGAUGCAGUCUCUUUGCUGCUGCUUUGACGGUAUCCACAGGACGGGAUCAGGGAGGAAGGUCGGGACUGUGACCCCCGCAUGAACCCUCAGUGUGUCCUUUCUGUGUUGUAGACUGCAUCUUCUACAUCCUCCACAUCCAGCAUGCAGGUCUCAAUCGCUUGCACUGACCACAAUCUGAAAGGUCGGAAUGGGGACCAUGGAAAAACGAACGCCACCAGCCCCAAUGUGGUGAACGCUGCAAGGGCGAAGUUCCGCACAGUUGCCAUCAUUGCCCGGAGCUUUGGUUCUUUCUACCCACGCCACCACAUCUCCCUUAAAGAGUCCACUGGCAAGCUCACUGGCAUGAAGUACCGGAACCUUGGGAAAUCUGGAUUGAGAGUAUCAUGCCUUGGUUUGGGCACAUGGGUGACAUUUGGAGGACAGAUUUCAGAUGAAGUGGCGGAGCAGCUGAUGACUAUAGCAUAUGAGAGCGGGGUUAACCUUUUUGACACCGCAGAGGUGUAUGCUGCUGGAAAAGCUGAAGUCAUAAUGGGAAACAUCAUCAAAAAGAAGGGCUGGAGGCGAUCCAGUCUGGUUAUUACCACAAAGCUUUACUGGGGUGGAAAAGCCGAGACCGAACGAGGGCUUUCUAGGAAACACAUUAUUGAAGGUCUUAAGGGCUCCCUGCAGAGGAUGCAGCUGGAAUAUGUAGAUGUGGUCUUCGCCAACCGGCCUGAUAGUAACACACCGAUGGAGGAGAUCGUCAGAGCCAUGACCUACGUGAUAAACCAAGGCAUGUCCAUGUACUGGGGGACCUCACGAUGGACAGCUAUGGAAAUAAUGGAAGCAUAUUCUGUAGCGAGGCAGUUUAACCUGAUUCCUCCAGUGUGUGAGCAGGCUGAGUAUCAUCUCUUCCAGAGGGAGAAGGUUGAAGUGCAGCUCCCUGAGCUCUACCAUAAGAUAGGUGUGGGCGCCAUGACAUGGUCUCCUUUGGCAUGUGGGAUCAUCACUGGAAAGUAUGAAAAUGGUAUCCCAGAAUCCUCCAGGGCAGCUAUGAAGUCAUACCAGUGGCUGAAAGACAAGAUAGUUAGCGAGGAUGGACGAAAGCAGCAGGCAAAGCUGAAAGAACUCAGUCAUAUUGCUGAGAAGCUGAGCUGCACUUUGCCUCAACUCGCCGUAGCCUGGUGUCUGCGGAACGAGGGAGUGAGCUCGGUACUAUUAGGAACUUCAAAUGCAGAGCAGCUAACUGAAAACCUAGGAGCCAUACAGGUUCUUCCAAAGAUGACAUCCCACGUGGUCUCAGACAUUGAUCAUAUACUUGGGAAUAGGCCAUACAGUAAGAAGGACUAUCGGUCCUAGAGGCUCUGGACACAGGCUCAUGGUGAAGAGAGAUCCAUGUGUAGCAGUGUCCGUGCCCUAGUAGUUCCUGCUCCAAAUCUGUUUUCAUCAUCGGUAUGACCUCUCUCUGAAUCCUUGGAGUGCUCUCCUCCAUAACAUGUACCUGCAUCCCCUCUGUUUCUGCAAGUGUGCCUUUGCACCCAAGGAUCCCCUCGAUUGGUGUCUAGGUGUCCCCUUGUAAUGGCACCUUGCAGGAGAUCUUCACUCACAAAUGUGAUCUAUGAACCUUAUGAACACCCAUGCUUGGCCUCUGCUCUGAAAACCAUCAGCCACUGGGAUGUCUGGCUGUAUUAGCACACAGAGUGGAGGAACAGCGCAUGUGGCCCUCUUGUGUUCAAACGCAGCAACUGCAAUCCUGUUUCACAGACUGUAGAAUAGGAGACUCAGUGAAACAAUGUGCAUUUACAAAGAUUCAAGCUGUUUUGCCUGUGCAAGAAUGCCUGUAUUGAUAUUUUAUGAGGGAUAUUUUAAAG